ACACGCCCUAGUCUCUGUAAAUCACCUUGGAUAAAGGCAUCUGCUAAAUAAACAAAUAGUAAUGAUAGUAAAUAGCGGUUGCCAUGCACAAUGUAAAGCAGUAGAAUCUGUGCAUGGGUUACCAACAGUUAGAAAUGUUGUGUGUUUUCUGUUGAAGGGGACUUUAAUUAGAGGUAGAACUUUAAAUAUAAUCAAGAUAUUCUAAGAUUAGAGGAUGUAGAUCUAUUAAACUGAUCUCAUUUUUGUUUCUCUGGAGUAUUCAUUACCAAAAAAUCUGCACCAUAUUCUCCAGCUCUGCCAAAUCACAGAGGGAAAGCAUGUGGGUGGUGGAGUUUCUCAACAUCCAGACGUGUCAGGACUACUGAGUAUUUAAUUAGUACCCCCAUGCCGAUCAGCAGUGCUUUUAAUAUGCAGUACUUGAGAAGCUGUCCUUACUUCUUACUGAAAAACAGGUCUAUUUCUUUUAGGAAAAAAACAAAACAAAACAAAAUGAUUUUCCGUGACAUGAAUCUUAAAGUCAAGGCUGAUGAAAACCAUGUUUUGUCUUUGAGAAGGAACAAAUCUACAGUCACAUCACAGAGAAACACAUCACCACCACAGAGGAACAGCUGAAGUGUAGCUUGCCAAUACAGCGCUGCACUGCCCUGAUAAUCUUCAGAAUCCUGUUCUUUGGAACAUUUGAUGUUGGAAGAGCAUGGAAAUGGGUAACCAGCAUCCCUCCAUGAUUCGGCUCCAGGAAAUCAUGAAGGAAGUCAAGGACCUCAGCUCCCAGGUGUUGUCUUUCAGUGGCCUUCAAACUGACAAGGACUACAGCAAACUGGAAAGAGCUUUGACCAGACAGCUGUUUGAAAUUGACUCGGUGGACACAGAGAACAAGGGGGAAAUCCAGCGGGCGAAGAGAGGGGCCACCCAUGAGGUCCAAAGUCUGCUUGAGACGCUACAACAAAACGUCAACCAUCCGUCCCGGGUGGAGAUAGAGAGAGUCUACCUUGAGGCACAGAACCUGGUCGCCCAGGAGGUGACACCGCUGAGGGGAGGAGGGGGAACCAUCAGUGACGAGUUUGUGGAUGGCAUCCAGGAUGUCAUUUUGAGACUGACUCAGAUCAGAACCGGGGGAAAAGUACAUUUGCGGAAAGCCAGGUACCGUGCACUGACUAGGGUGUGCGCAGUGCAGGAUAUCAUAGAGAGCUGCAUGAAGCAGCAGGCUCUGUCGCUCCCCCUUUCCAACAACACCCAUGGCUCAGUCACCAAGAUCAACUCCAUCAUGGUGGAUGUCAACAAGUCCCGGGGUGACCUUAUCGCUCUCCUGAUGGGACUGAACAGAGCGGACAGCUGCGGGCGCCUCUCCCGGGUGCUCACAGGGUUUCUUGUCGAGCUGGAUGCCCUGGAUGUAUCUGGGAACACAGAGGUCCGAAACUACAGGAAGCAGGUGGUAGAGGAGAUCAAUGGGCUGCUGAAGCACUUGGACCUGGAAGGAGAAGGGGACGCCACCUGCAGGUAUGACCUGGCCCAGAAUGAUUCCAUCCAGAAAAUCGAGCAGAUCCGUUACACGGUGGCCCAGCUGCGGAGCCAUCUGCUAACGAUCGAGAAAGCCAACGAGCUGCACUUCAAACACAAGGCAGAGCUGCAGGGGCUGCUGACCAGGCUGGAUGAGGUGAGUACCGCCAGGAACCCCUGCAUCCGCGAAGCCAGGCGGAGGGCGGUUUUGGAGGUGCAGGCUGUCAUCACCUACAUUGACCUGAUGGAAGCGCUGAGGAAGAGGGCUGGCGAUACCUGCACGGAGGAGCACCCCUCCCACAAGGCUGUCUGGAAUGUGCUGGGGAGCCUCUCAGAACUGCAGAGGCAGGUGCUUGUCUUUGACGGCAAAAGAGCCGACAAGAGCUAUAAGUUACUGGAGGAACUUCUCACCAAGCAACUCUUAGCACUUGAUGCAGUAGAUCCUCAAGGAGAUGAAAUGUCCAAAAUUGCCCGGAAACAGGCAGUCAGGUUUGCUCAGAACAUCCUCAGCUACUUGGACAUGAAGACAGAUGAAUGGGAAUAUUAGUACCUGUAUGAUGUCACUCGUAUUGAUCAUUCUUUGUACCUUGGGUUCAUAACAUAUCAUAAAAACAAUAUGUCAUUUCCAAAUGACUGAAUAUCGAUAUGAAGAGAAACCGAUAAAGUGUCAGUCUCUGCAAAGAAAACUGGGUAAUCCUUUCCUAGUUGUUUUUUUUUAACUCUAUGACAAAAUACAGAUCCUUAUUUUGAAUAGUGUUAAUGUAAUUUGUGUCCUUUAAAAGCCAGCAUAUUUGAUCCGAACCGCUUUGGUUUGUUUUAUUAGAAUUGCGCUAGUACUGUAUGUGCUGGAUUGAAGAGUGGGGACAUGGUAUGAAACUACAGAGGGGUUUAAAAGUCACUUUACUUGACCAGUUCAUGGCUAUGCCAGGGAAAAGGGAUAUUGGGGUAGAGCUAUGAAACGUGUCAGGUAGAGGAGGGAAUGGCUGGCACCUUACAGUUCCCCCUACAGACCAGAUUUCUCAAUGCAUUUGCACCAGCAAAUUAUGGAACAUUAAUAGUUUUAUUUUACUUUUACAAAAAAUGGUGCAAAAUUAAUUUUAGUUUAAAUACAUAUGCCCCUGGCAUAUUUCACUGCUUUAUACUUUUCUCCCUGAAUAUCUGUGAGUUAUUCAAGUGACCUGCGUGUAAAAAUAUAAAUAAAUAGUGUAUUGUUUAGUGUAAACUCUUUAAAAAACACAUUGAUUUAUUGUAUAGCAAGUGCCAAAAAACAUCAUUGAACGACACUGUAAUUUACCAUCUUCUGCCAUUUAUGCCUUGUACUGAGUACAGAAUUGUGUAAUUGAGUGAGUGGUUAAUCAGGUUACAUCAAAAUGUAACCAGUUAUGCACAUUAGAAAUGUAUUUCUUAGAUAUUUUACCAUUCCUACAGCGCACUAAAGUACAUGAGUGGUGUAACAAAUGUUUAAGUAUUUUGCUACAGUGUAAUAAAAGUAAAAAAAGAAUGUGUGUAAUAAAAUGCAUGAUAAACUGGAUUUCAAAUUUAGAAAGUAGUGAACAGCAUGAAGUAAAUCAUUUCCCACCCUUUUUAAUGUUGUUAAAUUAUUGCUAAUGUAAGCUGAAUGAUUGAUCUCACAACAGACAUAAAUGAUGUACUAUCUAAGAAAGCGUUUGUACAAUGAUGUAUUUAUUAUGUUAAGGUACAGUUGACAAGCUUUGUACGUUAGAUUAUAUUUUAAGCACCGUGCUCAAGCAGCCUUUUGUGUUUUAGUGUGAAUACUUUGUAAAACUGGAAUGGAUUUAUGUGCAACAAUACCUGUUGGAGGGAAGUGUCCACUAUAUUUAACAAUGCACAUAAAUAGACCAUUAUUUAUUUUUAAUUUGAAUAAAAAAAAAUGUAAUCUGAAGAGCUUUGGGUGCAUCUAUGCAUUUUGCACUGAUGACAAGAGUUAAGUUAAAAUCUAUUAGCUACACCUUUUCAGUGUAUUUUGUAUUCUUGAGACAUUUAAUAUAGUGCCUUUUACAACCGAUGCUGCCCCGAUGUGUGUCACAUAAAAUGAAGAAAAAGAAAACAGAACUGUCCUCUUUAGUACUAGGUAUAGUAAUAAGUGUAGUCAUAGUCUGUAUUAUUAUUAUGACAUUGCUGUAAAGUCCUUCCAUUAUACAUUUUACUUCAUGCGUAUAACAAAACUAAAGCUAUGAACUAGUUUGGUUGGUAGUCCAAGGAUAUAUUCGCUACGGUUAAUGCAUAUUUGGUGCCGGAGGUACUGACAGAGUUGUGCCUCUUUAUUCUGUUCAUUUUAUUUUAUUUAAUACAUUUUAUUAAAUAUAAAGUAUACAUGAUAAAGAUAAGAGCAGCCAUACCCCCCAAUUGGAAUGGUUCCAUUGCUAAGGUUUUCCACAGAUUUCGGGGCAGUAACCCUGUGUGAGCCGAUAACAGUAUCACUGUUCAUUCUGAAGGUCUAACGAAGUGGUCAAUUAAACCAGACCAGACCCUUUACAGUUGUCCUCUUACACCUGCUUUCACAUCCAUUUAAUUUCAAGCACUUAAGUGCGGGUUUCUGGUGACUGAAAUUAAAUAACAGCAGUUAUUUCAGUAGUGUGGAGAUGAAAACAUCAAUGCUUACUAAUGAAAUGAAAGGGGUUGCCAUGUUUAAUCUCCACGGCUGGUACAGUAAAUCUAAAGGAGAUGCUGUUUAAAAUGCAAUUGAUUCCAGUUCAUUCAAAGUCACUGCACUGUGAUUUUACAGCUUGUGUUAUCUUGAUAACGAUACAGAAGGAAAAUAGCAAAUCCUUAUUCAU